AAGGAAAAGGCGCUUGUCUGCAUGUACUAAAAAAGUAAUUUUCUGGCAUUUUAGUUCCAUUCAAACCCACCACCCAAUUCCCAAAAUGCACACUAACCCACCACUCUCCGCUUCUCUAAAACCCUCCAUCACCAACACCACCCCACCGAUCUCUGCCUCUUUGAAAUCCUCCUCCGCCCCUGCCAGCUCCACCACUCCAUGGGAGUUGUUUGACGCUUGAGCCAACACCACCCACCACCCAUAAGGCCAUAACCCACCCCCACCACUACUUCGACCGCCCAUCAAACCACCACCCACUAAGGCCACCGCCACUUGAGAUUAGACUCCACCACCACCACCACCACCACCCGUCACCCAUCUCCACCACCACAGCGCAUCGAUCAUCUGUACCAUCGCCAGCCUUCACCACAUUUUCUUCUACUCUCCCAUUCAGCCUGCUGGUCUUCUCUUCUCUUCUCUGCUUCUUCAUUCUCAAGUUUUUUAGUUAAAUGUGGUAUUACCCCAUCAGAUGUAUACUGGCUGUACUGGAUUGACAAAUCUAAUCAUUCAAACUGUCACACAGUUUAUUCUAUAACCGUGGUCAAAAUGAAUGCAAAUGAAGUUUCUGCUAAUGUUCAUGAUCAUGGUAAGGUUGUCGAUCAACAAAAGAAUAGAGUUCAAUGUAACUACUGUGCUAAAUCAAUGAGUGGGUUCAGCCGGCUUAGAUACCACUUAGGAUGUGUAAAAGGGGAUGUAACCCCUUGUGGAGAAGUACCUGAAAAUGUGAAGGAACUGAUGAAAACCAAGUUGCUUGAACUGAAAAGAGGCAGUCUCGGCAAGGAAGUGGGGACCUUGGAAUACCCAGAUCUUCCUUGGAAGAGGAAAUGGUAUCCUAGCCCAAGUGCCAUUGAGCAUAGAAAGCUCCAAACCACCCAAAAAGCUGGUUCAGAUAGCAGAAAGGAUGUACAGAAGGACACAGUGUCAGAAAAUGGAGUGACCAAAGAGGUUUCAUUACCCAAUGGAAGAAGAGGUUCACAAAAAGUUGAGGAUCAUAAAGAAAGAGAGGAUUCAUCAUCAAGGCAAGCCAAGAAAUGCAUUGGUAGAUUUUUUUAUGAAUUGGGUACUGAUCUCAGUGCUGCAACAUCUCCUAGCUUCCAAAGAAUGAUAACUGCUGCUCUCGGUUGUGAUCAGAUUGGGUAUAAGCUUCCUAGCUGUCAGGAAUUAAAAGGCUGGAUCCUAAAAGAGGAAGUGAAAGAGAUGCAGCAGUAUGUGAAGGAUGUUAGAAACUCAUGGGCAAACACAGGGUGUAGUAUCUUAUUGGAUGGGUGGAUGGAUGAAAAGGGCAGGAACCUUAUUAAUGUUCUAGCAGAUUGCCCAAAGGGCACAAUUUAUAUCCGGUCAUGUGAUAUUUCAGCCUUUAUUGCUGAUGUUGAUGCCUUACAGUUUUUAUUGAACAAAUUAUUGAGGAGGUUGGGGUUGAAAAUGUUGUUCAAAUUAUCACAUAUUCAAUCUCAGACUGUAUGGCAGCUGCAGGCCAGAGAUUAAUGGAGAAGUUCCGGACGGUGUUUUGGACAGUUAGUGCAUCUUAUUGCAUAGAACUCAUGUUAGAAAAGAUUGGGAUGAUGGAUCCCAUUAGAGGAAUAUUGGAUAAGGCCAAGGCCAUUACAAAGUUCAUUCACAGUCAUGCAACAGUUUUGAAGCUCAUGAGAAAUUAUACUUCUGCUAAUACCCUGGUAAAACCAUCAAAAAUUAAAUUGGCAAAACCCUUCUUGACUUUAGAGAAUAUAGUCUCAGAGAAAGACAACCUGCAAAAUAUGUUUGUCUCAUCUGGGUGGAACUCCUUGAUCUGGGCAUCUAGGGAAGAGGGGAAGAGGGUAGCUGACUUAGUGGUGGAUCCCGCUUUCUGGACUGGGGCCAUAAUGGUCUUAAAGGCAACUAUUCCUCUGGUGCGAGUUUUGAGUUGGAUCAAUGGGAGUGAUAAACCCCAAAUGGGUUACAUAUACGACACGAUGGACCAAGCAAAAGAAGCUAUUGCAAAGGAAUUUAAAGAUAAGAAAUCUCAGUACAUGCCAUUCUGGGAAGUGAUUGAUGAGAUUUGGAACAAACAUCUAUAUAGCCCUCUCCAUUCUACAGGUUACUAUUUAAACCCGCAUUUCUUCUAUUCAAGUGACUUCCAUUGUGAUGCAGAGGUUGCCAGUGGUAUCCUGUGUUGUAUCGUCCGUAUGGUACCAGAUCUGCAUGUUCAAGACGUGAUAGGUCUACAGCUUGAUAAGUACUUAUGGACUGAAGGUGCUUUUGCCCAAGGAAGUGCCUUUGACCAAAGAACUAAUAUUCCUCCAGUCUUAUGGUGGUCUCAUUAUGGCCGACAACAUCCUGAGUUCCAAAGAUUUGCCACUCGGAUUCUAAGCCAGACAUGCGAUGGUGCCUCGAGAUAUGAGCUGAAAAAGAGCUUGGCUGAGAAGCUGCUGAUGAAAGGAAGGAAUCCUAUAGAGCAACAACGAUUGAGUGAUCUGAUAUUUCUUCACUAUAAUCUGCACUUGCAGGGUUUUAAGUCAAGAUUAAACGCAGACAUUGUGCUUGAAGAGAUUGACCCAAUGGAUGAUUGGAUUGUUGAAGAAGCAAAAGAGAGUUCGUCUCAAAAUGGUGACACAGCAUGGAUGGACUUGGAUUGUGAAGAUAGAACCAUCAUUGAAGAUUUAGUUAAUGGAAGGGGACCUUCUAGCAUUCGACCAAAGGUAGAGACUCGGUCUUGACUUUUUGAGGGCUGGGUUUUGUGCUCUGUGGAGUAGCAUCCGGCUUUUUUUUAUGGAGGAUGACUUGGUAAUGGGGGGGUGAAGUUUUUUGGUAUGUAAUCAUAUCAUCACAAGCUCUUCGGGCGUUAUUCGCAUUUCUAUCCAUAAGAUUUUUUUCAA